CUCACCAGCAGGUCGGGGGUGCUGCUGGGGGUGGUGGGGGAGCUGCUGGCAGGCGGCCGCACCUCGCGGCUGGUUUCGGAGCUGGUCCUGAGCGGCAGGGCGCUGAGUGCCACCGUGGUGACCGACUACCCCGGGGAGAGGCACCCGGGGCUGGCGCUGGUGUACGGCAUCCCGAAGGAUGGUGACAGACCGGAGGAUGUGGCCGCUCUGCUGCGAUCGCAGCUGUCCGCGCUGCUGGUGGAGGGCGGCGUGCGGGAGGCCGAGCUGGCGCGGGUGCGCCGGGCGGCGCGGGCGGCGCUGCUGGGGGCGGCACAGAGCAACACCUCGAUGGCGGCAACACUGGCAACCUACCACGUGAACAAUGGCAGCUGGCGGGGUCUGCUUGAGGAGUUGGAGCUGGUGUCCGGGGUGCGGCCGGCGGAGGUGCAGCAGCUGGCGGCGCGCGUGUUCGCUCCGGACAACUGCUUCACGGGCUACGUGACCAGGGCGGCGUGAGGUAGGGGGCCCCGCAGGGAGGGGAGACCUCCUCAGGGUCAUCACCUGCCCCUGCCUUGCCUUGCCUCAAGGAUUAGGGUAGGUGUGGCGAGAGGGGGGAUGAGGUGGUGGUGGGCAGGUAGCAGCAGUAGGGGGCGCUUAGGCUACUUAGGCGGCUGGGUUUGCGCAUGUAUGUAAUGUUUUGUAUCACCACUACCGUAUGUAUGUGUGUAUUUAAUCAACUGGUGUGGGAAAACGGACACUCUGAACUUGGACCUUGGAGCAGAGAGGAGCACGCGCGUGUUUAUGCAAAUUGGCCGUGAGUCGGAACGUACAUGCCUGCAUGCGCGCAUGCGUGUGCACCGGUAUGUGGGGGUUGCCGAGGUGCGGUUCGCUGGGUAAUGAGGUGCUGUGGUGCACGUACGUGGUGUUCUUAACACACGUGGUGAUGGGCAAGGCAUGGAGCAGCGCGCUUGGUGUCUAUGUAUGCGCACCGGUGGAUAGAGGCCAUGCGGUGAAGCGCCGCAUGCAGCAUCCAGCAUGCUUGCAUGUCCACCUUAUACUUUGACUGGUUUCUUUGAGGAAUUGCAAUUGUGCGGCGUUGUGUUGGCGAGGGUGGGAGUAGGUGACUGGGGAAAGAGUGCGACCAACCAACAGUAGCCUCAGGCCCCUGACCUCUUUCCCAACAUCUGCUACCCAGAUCUCUAAACGGUACCUGUUCAUUUCUUAGCAAUCCAUACUGGGCUAAAGCAAGAGAAGGGAGUGCUAGGUGUGCGGCACAUAGUAACGGUCGAUGUAUGAACUGUAGCCUGCGGCUGUCCCUUUUUACUUUUUGUGUUUGUGAAACUCUACCGCCUCCCAUCCCCUUUGCUUUGCCCUUACUGUGGUUUCCUAUGCGUUGGUAUGUUAUUUAUUCCCCAUCCGCUACCCGCCUGCCCCUCCCUCCCCCCGCCCAAUCCGUGCUGUGCGUGAGAGGCCGUGCAGACCAGCCCCUCCCCUAACCGUAGGUGGCAAGUAUUAGGGUAUGUAUACUAGAAGCACGGGGAGGGUGGAGAAUGAGGCCCUUUCCUUACCACAGCCAUCAUGAGGAGCCCCAUGCCCCCAAACCGGUACCCUUCCUAGUUGUGCAAGUCCCCCCGCUAGCCGGUGAGCUAGUAUAGCUGACAAGGCGACCCAACCGUAGGUGGCAGUGCGAAAACAAG